AAUAUAAAUUGUUAUUCAUAUUCUUGAUUGUCCCCGUAUAUUUAACUUGGUGAUGGACAAGGUAGCAAAUAGGCUUUCCUUUGGUAUGAAACAGAGGAGGAGCUAGUGAAAGCAACUGAAGGGAUGCACAGAAAGUUUUUUUUGAUGGAAGGGUUAUAUUCGUGGAAGAAGCUAAACCAAGGUCAGAUAUUCAAAGAGCUGAGACUAAACCUCAAAUCCUUCGCACGUGGGAGCUAAGCUAAAAUAUUACAGAAUCAAGCAACUACUGAAAAUAUUACAUUAUGCCUGAUAUCCAAACCCCAACCCAAAAUAUACCUGAUAUCCAGGUAGCUGUUUUGAUGUUAUCUUCAUACUGUAAUAACGAAUUCUAAGGGCAUGCGCAUCAGGGGUUCAAGAGGAAAGAAUCGCACGUUUUACAAAAAAAAAAAAUUAAAAUAAGCAUAACUAAAGACUUCGGCUUGUCCUGCCUCUCCCGCGUGAAUCUGGAUCGUGACUGUUCAGCGGGUUCCACACCACAUGGCGGUCCGCUAUUGGUCAUUUUAUUUAUUUAUUUUUAAAAUCAAACGAAAAAAAAAAUUAAUUUUGUGAACCCCAAUGAGCGGUUCGCCGCUGCGCAUGGUCUAACUUUCAAUGUAUUUUCAUGAAUAUACAAAGGAUUCAUUGGUAACUCCUGCCGAGUUCGCCUAAAGAAAGCAGUCCGAUGUAACAAUAUUUUAGAUAUAUCUUACAAAACAAAAAUAAGGUAAACCUUCUUUGGUCAACCAUUUUCCUUUAUUUGAAGUUUAAAAUUAAUCAUAAACCACAUAGUCCAUGUCUCCAUGAUACAAAAAAAACUAUUACUGAUUUUUGUCUACAUUAAUAAUUUUAGGAUUUAAUGUUAAUUAUGAUUUAGAAAAUAACUAACUAGAGUUCUUAAUUAGAGUAAAUUAAAGUAUUUUUUUUUGCUCCAUGAUUCCAAAUAAACAUAAUUAUGUCAGUUUAAUAAUUUAGACUCAAUAAUUGCUUUUUAAGUAACUGUAUAUUAUAGUAACUCUAUUAAAGUUAUGCCAUCUCUCAAAAAUAAAAACCUCUAUUAAAGUUUAUGAAAAAGUUUGACCAGUAAAAAAGUUUGAACAAUAAAAAAGUUUGACCAACAAAAAAUAACUAUGAAGUUACCUUAUGUGAAAAAAACUAUUUUUUUGCCAAUACUAGGAUCACAACCAAGCUCCUCCUCUUUAUACAAACUGAAGAACUCAUUACGCUUUAAACCACAAAAAACCAUAUUAAAGACCUCUCUAAAAUCAUGUUCAAUCAUAUAAUUGCUGCGAAACGAAACAUGGAGUUGAGGAAACAAGAGUACUCACUCACCAAGAAAUGUUCGAGUCAUCAGAUGAUGGACCACAAAGCCUUGAGAUCAUCAUCUUGUACUGAUGAAGCCAUCAUGAUCAGCGACGAUGAGGUGAAGGAAACCCUAGAGCUGAAUAAGAAUAAGAAGCAAAGGCUUGGGUCUUGGUGGGACGAGCCUGGUGCCUUAAACGGUUUAAAUAGCGUGGUCAAGGGGUUACCAAAGUCUAAGGAUGCUGCUUCACUUGUGGGUUCAUCAAGCUUACCAAAGAGCAAGGCGAAGAGGUAUGAGAGAGCAUUAGCAUUAGUUCAACGUGGUAAAUUCUUUGAUUUUUCCGACGAUGAGAGUCACAAUGGUGGUAAUAACAAAACAAAUCAAGAUCCACUGCUAGGCAGCUACCAGACCAGACACAACAUGUCCCAUGUGGAUGACUGCUUUACUUUUUGUUCUAUUAAUGCUCUCAUCAUUAAGGAUACAAAGAAGGGUAACGAGAGAUCUUUAUCCUCAAGUCAUCAUGAUAAUAACUUUAUUGAUUCGUGCGAGGACGAGAUUCUCUAUGAGAGUUCUGGUUGUAGCAACAAGGGAAAUCAACAUGUGUCUCUUGAUGAGUUCAUUGCUUUGAGCGAAGACAAGAUUCUCGGUGAGAGUUCUGGUAGUAAUAACCGAUAUGUGACCCUUGAGGAGUUGGGUGUUAGUGUGGAAGAUCUCAAGAGUACUCCAUGGGAAGCGUUUGAUCCAACCUGGGAGACUAGGUCAGAGACCAUGGAUCCAUGGCUUGGUGGCUACGUCAAAGAUAUGCUCUCCUCUGCUGAUUAAAUUGCUUCUUUUAUUUUGUACCCUUUCCUUUGUUUGCUUCUUAGUUUGCUUGUGUAAAAAAAUGUCAUUAUGUGUUCAUCUUGUUAAACCAAUCAUAUGUGAGAGAUUUGAUGUUUCUGUUUGCUGAUC